UUCAAAAACUUUCAACUGCAGCACGCUGAAUCUUCAAGCAUUAAAUUUAUUAAACUAGAAAGCUUGGUAAUCUACGACCAAAAAAAAUCAGGUGAAAAUGACGAGCGAAGUUGUUCAAUCUAUUUUUCAAAGACCUACGACUAUUUUUGAUAGAAUCGAUGAGAUUGCUAUAGAAUGGUUACAACUGCCACUGGACCAGGCCUUGUAUUUCGUAAAUAAUUUCUUGUCCAUUCCGUUGGCGUUUGUUUUACAAUGGAUAUUACCAGCCUCGAGGGUGGGUGAAAACGUGCGGCAUUUAUACUCUUUCCUAAUUGGCUUGCUCUUCUGUGUAAUUAGUUUUCGAUGGAACGUGUUGAAUGUUGUCAUCCCGACUGUGGUCUCAUAUCCGCUCAUGAAGUAUUACGUCAGAGCUGACUCACUCGGAAGAACUACUGCAGCCAUCGCUAUGAUCUACCUAGCUGGGCAUCAUAUCUACAGACUGACACUUGUUUAUGGCAUUGAUUUCAUGGACUGCUCUGUCGUGCUCAUGAUAUGGACUCAGAAAAUCACUCUUCUGGCGUGGAGUAUCAGAGAUGGUCAGCUUCCGGAGUCAGAAUUGUCGGAAGAAAGCCACAAGAAGGCGAGAGUGACUGAGUUUCCUUCGUUCCUCGCUCAUAUCAGUUAUCUUUUGGGGUUCCUCGGCUACCAAACAAUUCCAGGAUACUCUUUCAAAGAAUAUGACAACUUCAUAAAAGGAAAACAUUUGGUACCUUUCAGAGAACAAAGGAUAACAUCUGACAAUCAGGAAGUCGAAGAGGAAAAAUACCCAUCUCCAAAUUGGAUGGUCCUGACGCAUCUUCCACUGGCACUGGCUUAUGGGUACGCGUUACGGAUGUUGGCGCCUUAUUUCCAGCUGAGAUUUAUGGCAGGUCAGCUUCCGGAGUCAGAAUUGUCGGAAGAAAGCCACAAGAAGGCGAGAGUGACUGAGUUUCCUUCGUUCCUCGCUCAUAUCAGUUAUCUUUUGGGGUUCCUCGGCUACCAAACAAUUCCAGGAUACUCCUUCAAAGAAUAUGACAACUUCAUAAAAGGAAAACAUUUGGUACCUUUCAGAGAACAAAUGAUAACAUCUGACAAUCAGGAAGUCGAAGAGGAAAAAUACCCAUCUCCAAAUUGGAUGGUCCUGACGCAUCUUCCUCUGGCACUGGCUUAUGGGUACGCGUUACGGAUGUUGGCGCCUUAUUUCCAGCUGAGAUUUAUGGCAGACGACCGGUUCAUCGCGGCAACAUCGUUCGCUUUCAAAGUAAUGUACGGCGUGCUAUGCGGGUUCGUGUUGAGGCUACGAUACUACUUCGCUUGGAAAUUAGGCCAGAGUAUCUGCUAUGCAGCUGGUUUUGGUUUCUCUGGUUGGACGGAAGAUGGAAAAGAGAGGUGGGAAUUAGUUCGAAACGGAGAACUGACCAAGGUUGAGCGUUGCAGCAACUGGAAAGAGUUGCUGGAUGAGUGGAACAACAUGACUAGCAAAUGGCUGCGAUUCAUCUGCUACUCCAGAAUCCAAAACAAAAAAGCAGCAAUUGGCCUAACCUUCUUUUUUUCUUCUCUUUGGCACGGUUUCCAUCCGGGCUACUACAUACACUUUAUACACGCAUAUUUGUUUGUACUAGCUGGCCGAAAAAUUCGCAAGUGUAUCAGACCUCAAUUUCAAGUUUCUUCGUUCAAGAAGAACUUGUACAACUGUGUCACGUGGAUGGGAUUGCAGCUGUCGAUGAGCUAUGCAAUCAUGGGAUUCAAUGUACUGCAGAUGUGGACUAUAUUCGUCAUUUACAGAUCGAUGUACUUCCACUGUACGUUGGUGGCAGUGUUCCUGCUGGUUGUCCUCAUCCCAAAAAAUCAAGACAAUUCCGCCACUAAUGGGGGCCAAAUUCAAAAUGCGAGUCCACAAAGAGGCGUCAGAGACUCAAGAAAGAAGAAGUAAAUAGCGUAUUUCCAAAAUCGGAAACAUGCCCAUUUUAUCGGAAGAAGGAUUUUUUUUUCACCCAGGGGCGGAUCCAGGAUGUUCUCGAUUGGAGGCGGAAU